AUGUCCGCUUCGUGGCGCAAGGACGACCAUGAGCCAUUGUCCCCUGCUUCCUCCUCUUCCUCCGGGGACGAGGAGGAUGUGAACUGUCGCGUUUCUCCACACUGGCCUGACUAUCGUAACCUGUUGCUGUCGAAGGGAUUUCGCUUGGACACCGUGCGCGACGUUAAACAGUAUUACCGUGAUCACUUUGCGGACGGUGUCAACCGACUACCGUCCUCGACAAGGGCGCGCUUAUCACAUGGGGACGAUGCUCUCUGUCCGGAUGACGGGCUGCGCGACAAUCUGUUUCGAGGAACAUGCAUUCGGAACGGUGCAAAAGUUGUUAUCAAGGCCGUGCACUGCCGAAGCCGUGAACUAGAAGUGAUACGGUUUCUUUCGACGUCCCCAAUUCGAGAGCAUGAAAUGAACCACUGUAUUCCCGUCCUUGAUCUGGUAGUUGUACCUGACGAUGAGCUGGCCUUCAUCGUAAUGGAGGAAUGGUCUUCGCAAUUGAUUGCGGAUGGGGGGCCAUGCUGCUUAGGACUUUUUCUCGGAGCACUACGGCAAUGCAUCGAGCAUGCCGUCUUUAUGCACAUGCAUCGAAUCGCUCACCUGGACAUCUCCCUACGAAAUCUGGUCACUGAUUAUAACGGCCGCUAUGCAUACAUUGACUACGAGUUGAGCCGGAGAGUGGAGCUAGGGCAACGUGCAUCCAUUGUCGAUUUUCGAGCCACAGAAGUUCCUCCGGAAUGCGAAAAUGGUGAAUGCGGCGAUCCAUUCAAGGUGGAUGUAUGGGCCCUUGCGGUGCUAAUGCUCCGAGCAUGCAAAAUGUGCGGAUAUUGCGUCCCAGAACUACUUGAGAUCAUCAAGCCCAUGCUGAAUGAAAAUCCAGAUGACCGUCCAACGGCUCUCGCGGUAUUGAAGGCAUUUGACAGGAUGAUACCAUUGAUUGGAGACCAUCGACUGCAAAUCUGCUGA